AUGUCUAGCCCUUCCAGCGAACAGCCCCAGUACCGCAAUCGCCCCGGCUCGGCUUGUGCAGAAUGCCGUCGCCGGAAGAUGCGCUGCGAUGGGAAACAUCCCGAGUGCGAUAAUUGCUCUAUCGCGGGUAUACAAUGUAUAUUCAGUUCCCAGCCUACACGCCGGGGUCCGAAGAAAGGUCAUUUGAAGACCCUGCACAUGCGCAUCGCGCACCUCGAGAGUAAAUUGAUGGGACAGCGGCAUCAGCGUUCUGCAGAGUCUGUCACGGAUGAUGACAUUGUACCUGUGCGACCUCCUUUACGUGCCUGCACUGGGGAGUCGCAAUUAGAUGUGCUUCUCCAGGAGUUCGAUAUUCCAGGGAUGACCCCUGUGCCACCAUUCAUAGGGGCGAUCCCCAUCUCGGAGUUACUGCACGCCGAGCUUGACCAGCUGUAUUUCGACCGUGUCCAUGUUUUUGCCCCAAUUGUCAACAGAGGUCGCUAUCUAUCCUGGAGCAAGGAUGUCGACAAGUCAGCAUCAAAGAUGUGCUUGCAGUACGCCAUGUGGACAAUGACCGCGUCCAUGUCCGCCCAGCUGGAUUAUCUCUGCGACCCGCUCUACCGGUCUGCGCGGCAGUUGUUAGACUCCUCACAACUCGCGGAUGAUAAUAUAGCAUUCUACCAGAUCGAACACGUACAGGCAUGGUUGCUACUUGCCAUUUACGAGUUCACGCACCAGACCUUCCGUCGCGGGUGGAUGAGUGCUGGGCAGGGCAUCCGACUUGUGCAGAUGAUGAACUGGCAUAGGAUUGAUAUUAACGAGUGUAACCCGGGAUUCCGCAGUAUAUAUGGUAUGCAGGAGCUCAUUUGCGAAGAGGAGAAGCGUCGUGUGUUCUGGAUGGCAUAUAUCCUUGACCGAUUUGUCUCUCUGCAGUUGGAGAACCCGCUGACGUUCGAUGAGCGGCUUAUAGCGACACGAUUACCUGCCACGGAGGAGGCCUUUCAGACCGGCCAGCUGAGUCGGCCCACCGGGUUUCUUUCGGAGUUGAUCACUGCCAGGGAUUCACCACCCCAGACAGAGCUAACAGAUUGGAUUGUACUAGCGGCGUUGUGCGGACAAAGCAUGUUGCACCGGCAGCAGACCACCGCCGAGCAAGUCAACUGUGGCGUAUCCACUAGCUUCUGGGAGCGGCAUACCUGGCUCGAUGCUAUUCUGGUCCAGAAAGCGCAGCUCAUUUCAACACUUCGGCCCGUGCUAACGAUGCCCGUCCAUCCAAUGGCCUUGUUUCUGAAUCUCGUGGCACAGUCGGCUCUUCUCUCCCAUUCGAUGGCGGUGGACUUGCUCAUCAGUGCGGAAAACGAGAUGGUCUUACCGGGUCGACAACAGGCGUUGAUGGCUGCACAGGAGAUUGUCCGACUGACCGGAAUGGUGUCACAGCUGAGCUACUUCGAGAUCCAUCCGUUCAUGCCGCUUCCGGUCAUUGUCUGCGCCAAGUACUUGGUGCGUCCGGGCAUGGAUGCCUCGUGUGCAGUGCAGCUGCAGGAAAUCCUCGGUACCGUGCAGCACUUGGCGAGCACCAACUAUCUCUGUCGGGAGUGGGUUAUGCAGCAUUCACAUUUGUUCCCUCCAGACCCCAGCUAUUCGUGAGAUAAUCUAUAGAUAUGCCCAAUUUAUUGCUGUAGUCUACUAGGUGGAGUAUUCUGUCUCACCCUCAGCAACGCAUCCAACUUCGUCUCGCGCAUCAUCAUCGGAUACGCAGCCGACAAGCUAGGCCGAAUCAACGCGCUAGCCGUCACAACCAUGCUCAGUGCCAUAGCGGUA